AUGCGGCCCGGUUGGGGAUUUUCGGAUCAUUUUGGCCACGUUUUUUCAGCUGCACUUCCUAUUGUUGGCACGGAUGCAGAUCUUGAUCCCACGGACAUCGAUGGCUGCAGAGAGCGCAUUCAAGCCUACAGACAAGCCAAGUAUGAAGUGCAAGUGCUGUCCGAGAGCAUCGUGGACUUCCCUCUGUUCCGCCUGCGGUGUGGGGACAUGAUCAACCUGCUCGCACAGAAGGCUGAAGAAUUAGCCCAAGAAUGCCUCCGCCAAUGUAGCGAGUGCAUUGAAGAGAGGGCUGAUGGUAUCCUCACUGAAUGGGACGACACGCAUAAGCGCAUCCUUGCCAGCCCAGAAUCCGAGAAAGACAUGGCGGAUUUGCGUGAGUUCAUGGAAGUGGUGCAGAGGAAGGUGGUGAAGCCACUGAUGGAACGCACACGUGUGGUGCAUCAACAAAUGAACAUGGUGGAGGAUUUCAGCCACGAUGUCGGAGGCGAAGUGGUGGAGAAAGCCUUCCGCUCGUUUGAGUGGCCACUUCAAAUCAACAUGGAUGUCAUGGAGGCGGACCGACAGCUCAACAAGGACAAAAUUGCCUUUAUGGAGCAGUUGCAACGCGAAGUUGAAGAGUACCAAGUGGACUUUCAGAAGUACCAAGCAGAGUUGGAAUGGGUCAAGGGUUUGGACUCCUAUGCGGUGGCUGGGCAAGUGGCACAGCGAAUCCAGACCUUGCAGGAUAAUCUCGUGCGGGCCACCGACAGGGUCAAGUCGUUCUCGGAUCGGGAGAAGCUCUUCCAGAUCGAUCAGAAGGACUACUCCGAGCUCGAGGUUGUUCAAGAGGAGUACAAGCCCUACUUCGAUCUUUGGUCAAUGGCCAUAGAUUACAACGGGUGCGAAGAGGAGUGGCUCAGCGGAAAACUGGCGAAUUUGUCGGCUGCAGAUGUCGAGCAGACAGUGGAUGACAAUUUCAAGGACUCCUACAAAGCCUUCAAGUCCUUCGAGGGGUCGCCGAAUCCCCAGAAGGUUGCGCAAGAACUGCGCUCCGCGGUGCAAGCCUUCAAGAAGAACAUGCCCAUCAUCCAGGGCCUGUGUCAGCCGGCCAUCAAAACCUCCCAUUUGCUGCAGCUCUUUGAGGAUAUGGAUGUGGAUAUUGACAUGGAGGAUGGCCUGACCCUGAAUAUGUGCCUGGAAGCGGGCAUGCUGGACCAUGUGGAGAAGGUUGAUGCAAUUAGCACCUCUGCACAGAAGCAGCAUGGAUUGAAGGUGGCUCUCCAGACGAUGAAGAAUGAGUGGAAAGCCAUGGCGUUUGGCACCCUUCCGUACAAGAACACUGGAACCUUCCUGCUGAAAGGAGCAGAUGAUGUCCAAGCCUUGUUAGAUGAUCACAUCAUCAAGACGCAGGCAGUUCGCGGUUCACCAUUCGUAAAGCCCAUUGAGAAGGAGGUGAAGGAUUGGGAGGCGAAGCUCAUUUACAUCCAGGAUUUGCUGGAACAGUGGCUCAUGGUCCAAAGGACUUGGUUGUACCUGGAGCCCAUCUUCAGCUCGGAAGACAUCGUGCGUCAAAUGCCUGAUGAAGCAAAGAAAUUCCAGGCGGUGGAUAAGCUUUGGCGAGGCACCAUGAAUUCGGUGGAUGAGAACCCAUUGGUCCUGGAUGUCUCGGAAAUCGAGAACCUUCUGCUGCACUUCACUGAAGCCAACAAAAAGCUGGAUCAGAUUCAGAAGUGCCUCAAUGACUACCUGGAAACUAAGCGCUUGGCGUUCCCGCGCUUCUUCUUUCUGUCCAAUGAGGAGUUGCUGAUGAUCCUCUCUCAGACAAAGGACCCAACGGCUGUGCAGCCACACAUGGGCAAGUGCUUUGAAGGCAUCAACCGCGUUCGCUUCGACGGCACCGAUGAGAUCAUUGAGGCCAUGCUGUCAGUGGAAGGCGAAGUCGUGGAACUCGUGAACAAGGUGAAUGUCAACGAGGGGGACAAGAAGGGCAACGUCGAACGCUGGCUGUUGGAGGUCCAGGACUCCAUGAUCAAGACCUUGACGAAGAUCAUGGGCGAUUCGGUGCGCGCCUAUGCGGAAUCCAAGAGGGACAAAUGGGUGCUGGACUGGCCAGGUCAGGUUGUCAUUGCUGUGGACAACAUCUACUGGACUCAAGAGGUGGCCGAAGCCAUCGAAAAAGGAAAGCUUGAGCAGUAUUACGAGGUCUGUGCCACACAGCUCCACGACCUCGUGGAGCUGGUGCGCGGCGAGCUCUCCAAGCUGGCGCGCCGCACGCUGACGGCCAUGGUCACAAUCGAUGUCCACAACAGAGACGUGGUGGGCAGCCUUCGUGAUGCCAAGAUCACGUCUUCCAAGGACUUCGAUUGGAUGGCUCAGCUUCGGUACUACUGGGCACCAACUGGAUCCAUCAUCAUGUACGAGACGCAGAAGCCGAGCACCACAGACAACUGCCAAGUUUCCAUCAUCAACGCCACUCUCCUCUACGGCUUCGAAUAUUUGGGCAACAGCGAUCGGCUCGUGGUCACACCUUUGACCGACAGGUGCUACAGGACGCUGAUGGGGGCCUUCCACCUCUUCUAUGGCGGUGCACCGGAAGGGCCUGCAGGCACUGGCAAGACCGAGUCCACCAAGGACUUGGCCAAGGCGAUGUCAGUCCAAUGCGUGGUCUUCAACUGCUCGGAUGGUCUGGAUUACUUGGCCAUGGGAAAGUUCUUCAAAGGUUUGGCUUCAUCUGGUGCCUGGUGCUGCUUCGAUGAGUUCAACCGAAUCGACUUGGAAGUCCUCUCGGUGAUUGCUCAGCAGCGCCGCUUCAUCUUUGAAGAGACCGAACUGGAGUUGAUUCCAACCUGCGCUGUGAACAUCACGAUGAAUCCCGGCUACGCUGGAAGGUCCGAGCUGCCGGACAACUUGAAGGCGCCUGGCACCUACGAAGGUUGGAAAGGUGCCCUUUUGCCCUGUUUCGACCAUGUGCCGGCACCUGAGCAGCUUGCACCUUUCGGAUCUGCGGCGUACAAGCAGCGCGGCUGCUUGUGCGACUCCAAGGCGAUGAUGGUGCCAGACUACGCCUUGAUUGGGGAGAUCGUGUUGUACUCGGUGGGCUUUGGAAAUGCCAAGCCCUUGGCAGCCAAAGCCGUCGCCAGCCUGCGGCUGGGAUCCGAGCAGCUCUCUUCACAGGACCACUACGACUUUGGCAUGCGUGCCCUCAAGUCCAUUCUGGUUGCCGCCGGGCAGCUGCGGAAGAAGUUUGGAAGCAGCCGUGCAGAAGACAUCUUGAUGUUGUCAGCUCUGAAUGAUGUGAACCUGCCAAAGUUCACUUCCAACGACAUUCCGCUCUUCCUUGGCAUUACCGGCGACCUUUUCCCUGGAACAAAGCUGCCUCCCUCCGACUACGGCAAGCUGAUCAACGAGUUGGAAGGAGCGGCACGGGCUCGACACCUACAGCCCAAGGGCUCCUUCAUCCAUAAGUGCACCCAGCUCUGGGAGACCAUCAUGGUGCGGCACGGGCUCAUGGUGGUUGGUAUGAACGUGUCUGGCAAGACAGAGGUCGAAAACGUUCUAUCUGCAGCUCUGGCAGCUGUGGCAGAUGGUGAUCUAUACCUGCCGGUGCAGAUUCACAAAAUCAAUCCCAAGUCCAUCAAGCAGGGCCAGCUGUAUGGUGACUUUGACGAGAACACCCAUGAAUGGACCGAUGGCAUCCUGGCAUUGACUGUCCGCUACACUGCCAACGCUGAUCCCUCUCACCGUCAAUGGAUCAUGCUAGAUGGGCCCGUGGAUGCUGUGUGGAUCGAAAACAUGAACACCGUCCUCGAUGCCCGAAUUCUCAGUGGCACACCUUGGCAGAUGACGUGCCACGCGGGCGCACGUGCAAAGGGGGCAAUUGACGAAGAUAACAAGAAGCUCUGUCUCAACAGCGGAGAAAUCAUCAAGCUGAGUCCAGUCACAACCAUGAUGUUCGAGGUAGAGGACUUGACCUUUGCAUCUCCUGCCACGGUGUCGCGCUGCGGCAUGGUCUUCAUGGAGCAGGCCCACGCGGUGCCUCCGGUGCCUCAGCGCGAACGCGUCUUCGCCUUUCGCGCCUUUGUCCUGCGCUGCUUUGGGGCGAUGAACGACGCGCCGGUGCUGGAUGUGGCGGGCGGGAAGGGGGACCUCUCCUGGCUGUUGAAAAAUGCGGAUGGACUGGAUGCCAUUGUGGUGGACCCAAGGGUUACGGACCAUACCAAGAUCACGCGCACUGCCAUGUGGCACUACCAGACCAGACACGAAGACGUGACCAGCAUUGCUGCCAGCCGGGGGCCGCAGGGUCCGUUGCGUGAGUUGGAUCUGCAGCCACCCUUUCGGCAGCCACGACAUUUGCGUGUUUACAUGGAUCGAGAUCUUUUGGAGCAUUGCAACAGCCCAGAGGAAUGGAUGCCCUUCUGGACAGAGGCCUCGCAAAAAGCAGAGGAAACUGGACGUUGUGGACAUCACCAAUCCCUUGAGCUGGAACGAGCGGAAGGAGUCCCUCGCGCGUUGCGAAUCGUAGAUGCCACAGAGGCUUUGGAGGCCAUCGAGUCUUGUGGUCUCAUCCUGGGCUUUCAUCCGGACCAGGCCACGGAGACGUGCAUCGACUUGGCGCUUCACCUGCGACGGCCCUUUGCCGUGUGUCCUUGUUGCGUUUUUCCGAAAGAGUUUCCAGAACGAAAGCUGCGUGGCCGUACUGUGAAGACAUACCCGGACUUCAUCGAGUACUUGCAGCAGAAACAUCCUGCGAUGCGAUCGGAGGAUCUGUGUUUUGAGCCGGAGGGAGGAUACUCCCGGAGCAUUGUGCUGUACAUGCUGGAGGAAGACUUUGUGGACAUUGGCUGGCGGGUGUUGAUGCAAUCCUGGCUUGAGACGGCUCCGGAACGACUGCAGGAGUGUGGGGAGCAACUCAGGAUCCUUUUCGAGGCAAAUGUGGACCAAUGCUGGGAGAUGUGUCAGCGCAAGAUCAAAACUCCAGUGCCAGUGACGCAGAAUUGGCUGGUGUGCAGCCUUCUGAAGCUCCUCUUAGCCACAGCCUUAGGGGAAUUGCAGGCGUUGCUGCGAAAUGAGCUGCCUCUGGACCCUGAGAAGGAUGCUAAGGAUCUUCCGAUGAAGGAAAAGGAAGUGAAGGUGGAGAACAUGCUGAAGCCUCAAGAGAUUUUCUUCGAAGUUGAUGAGUUCAACCUCAUUGCGGAUGAUCCAACCAUGAGGCCAGUGACCAAGACGCCAUUCCCGGAGAAGGAUUCGAUCUACGAAUACUUCGCUUUCGCCCAGUCCAACAAGUGGGAAGCGUGGACCAAGAAGAUCGCUGGCUUUGACAUUCCAAAAGAGGCCUUGGCACACCAGGUGAUGGUUCCGACCACGGACACCGUCCGCAGCGCGUUCUUGUUGCAGACCUUGGUGGCCAGCGAGUACCAUGUUCUCUACUCUGGACUCACGGGCACGGGCAAAACGGUCGUGAUUCAGCAGGAACUACUGAAGCGUUUUGACAAGGACAAAUACUCGGCCGAGGGCCCAGGUGAUCUCUUUCGCCUUCAGUGCGCAGACCAAUGCAAAUCAGAUAUCAUCGAUGGAAAGCUGGACAAACGCAAGAAGGGCACCUUUGGCCCUCCCUUCGGAAAGAGGUGCUUGCUGUUCAUCGAUGACAUGAACAUGCCAGCGAAGGACAAUGGCGAUGCGAGCGGAUGGUACGACCGCAAGAGUGCGGAGUUCCGCAACUUGGUCGACCUGCCAGGGAUCUUCAUUGGUGCCAUGGGCCCACCGGGUGCUGGACGGCCAUUCAUGACGGGUCGUUACCAGCGGCACUUCAACCUGGUCUUCGCUGGGGUCACGCCCUUCGAGCAGGAGAGCUUGCAAAGGAUCUUCCAGAGCAUCAUGCAAUGGUUCCUGGGUCGCUUCCCUGGCGCCGUGGCCGGCGUGGCCAAUGCGGUGCCUCAACCGCAGCGCAGCCGGAUCUCCGUGAUCGAUGUUGUGAAAUCCACCAUCCAACUCUACGAAGACAUGUCCGCCGAGAUGCUGCCAACGCCAGCCAAGAGCCAGGGGCUGAGAUCGGUGAAAGCCAGGACUUUGGGUGGAGGUUUCCCAAACAAACGUCAUUACACCUUCAACCUCCGUGAUUUGGCGAAGGUCCAUUUGGGCAUUUGCCGCUGCCAAAAGAAAUCCAUGGAACAAGCAGAUGACUUGGCAAGGCAAUCCCGUGGACUUGGCUCCUUGAGGUGUUGGGCACAUGAAGCCCACCGUGUCUUUUAUGAUCGCUUGGUGACCAAAGAGGACCAGCAUCUUGACACAAUCCAGCAGUGGUUCCAGGCGAAGAUCAGCGAGAUUUUGAAGGAGAAUUUCAAAAAGGAUUGGAAAUCGUUGGUGAAGGCGACAAACUCUGCGGAUGCUGAUGCUAGGGUGGGUGUUGGCGGCAGUGGCCGAAAGAGCUUGGCAACCUUAGCCGCCUUUGUGGCCGAGCAGGAGACCUUUCAGAUCGAGAUCACCAAGAGCUAUGGCAUGAACGAUUGGCACGAAGACAUCAAGCGACUGCUGAUUCGCUGUGGUGGUCAGGCCAAAGAGGUUUGCUUCCUGCUGCCUGACACACAGAUUGCCAACGAAAACUUUGUGGAAGAGGUGUCAGGGCUCCUGAACACAGGCGAGGUGCCAAACCUCUUCAAUGCAGAGGAGCAGCUGGUGUUGGAAGAAGGGUUUAGCCGACCGCCAUGCUUCGCCAUGUCAGCUGCUGGAAAGUGUCCGGUCGCGCUCUCCCAGCACGUCCGCAAGCGGAAGGGCCUGAAGCGUGCGAAGCGGGUUCCGAAGAAGCCGAGUGGUGAAAGUCAAGAACCACUGGCAUUGUCUCCGAAGGAUGUGCAGGAUUGGCUCAACUCCCUCGGCUUUCCGGAAGUUGGUAAAGCAGCCAGGAGAAAGAGAGUAUGCGGAGUCGCCCUGCCCCAUUUAGGGCACCCAGGAUGGGAAGAACUUGGGAUUCUCAGUGCGGUGGACCGCGCUAUUGUGAUGGGCUACGCUUCUGAGCUCCGUGGCAGUCACAAAGAGCAGAAGAACAAAAAGGCAGAAGAUCCAGCUUCGCCUUCCAAAGCGUCGAACUGGAACCGGUUGAAGCAGUUCGUCCGGAAGACAGAUAUCCUGACUCCUGUGGACCACAAAAGGAUCUGGUUCGAGAAGAUGACAAGGUCUGGCAAAGCGCCAGAGGAGAUCCGAGAAUCGCUGUCUGCCCAGAUGGACUCCUACAAUCUGCUGACGCUGCUGCUGCUGGCUACUGUGAUUCCCACUGCCGCUGGCAUUUGUGAAGAGAUGCGCUGGGAUGAGGAUGGCUGGCCACUGAGCAGGACUCGCUUCGCCUACUUGGUCUUCAGUUCAUGGUUCAGCUUCUUGCUUUACUGCCACUUUGGUUUUUCCCACAUCACUAGUGUCAUGGUGGCAGAUUGUAGCAAUCCCAAUCUGAAGCUCUUCCUGGAGUCUAUCGGCAUCAGUUUCCUCACAGAAUUGGGAGCUCUGUUUGCCCUGAACUUUUUCCUCUUCUUUGCUUGGGUGAUCUUCACCAUGGUCGCGCUGAUCUCUGAGAACGCCCACUGGGCGGUGUGGCUCAUGGUGAGUCUGGGCGUCUGCCUCAUGUCUGUGUUGGCUGUUCACUAUGUCUCCAUUGUCAUGGCGCGUUCGGGCUGUGAGUCGCACCUGACCUCUUCGCCCUACUAUCUGCGAUUGCAAGUGCACAGCGGCCUGUUUUCCAACGAGCCGGUGCCACUGGAUUCUGGCCUUCCACGGAAAACACUUCUGGAGAGAUUGUCGGAAAAAGCGAUGCAAGAGAUUGAACCCAGCACGCAACACCUGGAGCACUCGGAGCGUCCCAAAGAUUCAGACGCGACUUCGGAUGCUGAGGAAGAUAGCGAAGAAGAUGAAACCGAGAAUUCGGGUAAUUCGGGUGUGCAAUUUGAUGUGUGACACUGUUGGAGGAUUUAAGUGAUGGGCAAAGAUCCCGCAGCUCAUCUUAGUCUCAUUGUGCCGAGAAAUCAUUGGCACCAUGAGCACCCGUAAUGCGUGGAAAGUGA